CCAUUCUCAUCAAAAGGUUCUCGAUCUACCAUCAUGGCCCGAUACGCUUCCGCCAAGAAACGCGCUGCCGACUCUGAUGAUGAGCCUGAGAUUGCGACCAAGAGAGUCAAGAAUGCGACGUCUGUCGAAUCCGAUGGCAAAGAUGACGAUGGAAACCCCUUCUGGGAGCUAUCCAACAAGCGCCGCGUUGGAGUGUCAGAUUUCAGUAGCAAGACGUUUGUCAACAUCCGAGAGUACUACGAGAAAGAUGGCAAGACUUUGCCCGGCAAAAAGGGCAUCUCGCUCAGUAUUGAGCAGUACAAUGCUUUUCUAAAGGCUGUGCCGCGCAUCAAUGCUGCUUUGCGCGCCAAGGGUCUCGUUGUUGAAGGUGACACUGAGGAACUUGACACCGCUAUGGAGAUGGUCCCUACAAAAGUCAAGAGAGAACGAAAGAAGUCGCCAAAAGCCAACAUUGAGACUACCAGCGAAGAGGAGGACUAAAAAUGCAUGAGUUUUCUUUUAUCGCGCGCUGAGCAUGGAGUCAGGAGGGCUGAAGACCCUGGAAAACAACGAGUUGUAUUAAUGCAACCAUUUUUAAAAUGAUAUGAAUCUCAGGAUUCUAUAUGCAGUAUCUCGAGGAUCGAUUAAUGAAAAUGGAAUUUUUUUUUCGC